AUGGUUCGUAUUGGAAGAUCUCCUUAUGAGGCCAUGUUUGGCUGUACUGCCAGAACAGGACUAUUAUCGAUUGGUCUACCAAAUGAUGAAAUAAAUUCAUUAAGAACAGAAGAAGAUGUAGAAGAAUUGUUAAAGCAAAUGCAAGAAACUGGAUUACACGAUUCAAAACAAAAUAUUGAAGAAGUUAUUUCACCGAUUUCAGAACAGCAAGAAAAUAUGAUGGAUACAGAUACAAACCUAAGAAAAUGUGAAAGAUGUUUUAUUUUCCUGGAAGCAGACAAUGAAAGUACAAAUUGCAUGAAUUGCUAA